AAAAAAAAAAUAAAAAAAUUAACUAAGAACCUUUACAUUUGCCAACAAUAGAUCAUUAAAAAAAACAAUCAAGCUCAACCCAGGUUAGAAAAAGCAACACAAAAGUAACAUUGCAUGACUUUCCAUAAAAAGUAACUAAGUAACACAAUAUUGGAACACAUUACAAGUACAAGGUAACUUUCCCCAAAACUCGUAGUUACGUUUUCUCGUGAGAUCCGGUGGGAAUUUACAAGGUUUUGAUGCUGUUCUGAACGGCGCACAAUUCUUUUUGCACACACCUGCUUUUUUUUUGCCAGCAAUACAAUCAUUGUGUCCUUUUGGGUUUGUUCUUCAUGAUUUGACAAAAAUAAUAAAUAAAAAAACUGCUUCCUUGACAACAUACGGUCUACGUGGUAAAGCCUGGAGGUGUUGCCUCUGACGGACACAUGCUGUUUUUGUGUGAAGAUGAGUUUCACGGGCCCGGCUAUGACGGUUGGCUACACGCGUGUCAGGUGUUAUCAGCACAGUGUCUGUCUGUAGGAGGAAGAUAACUGGAGAGUGAUGUUUCAGAGAGAUCUGCUGUGGAUUUCGCCUGCUUUUAGGGCUUAAGAUCAGGCUUUGCUUCUCUCCAGGUCUUCCUCAAUGUCUCCCCCCCUUUCUUUUAUUGCCAUUAUUCAUUGAUUCCCCUCGUGGUCCCUCCUUCUGCUCGGUUUUUCCCCUCUGUCUUUAAUUUGGCUCUCCGCCCCCUCUGCUCUGCUCUCAUCUGUUCUCAGUUAGGAGAUGCAGACACUUUGAAUGAUGUUAAAGGCAGAGCUCUCUGUCCAGUGCAGCGGUCAGGACAUGACCUGACCCGGUUAGCAUGAUGAACUUGGAGGGACUAGAGAUGAUUGCGGUCCUGGUUGUGGUUGUUGUCUUUGUUAAGGUUCUGGAGCAGUUUGGACUUUUAGAAACAAGCUUUGAUGAUAGUGUUGAGGAUGAACUGGAGCUCUCUGCUGUACGGCAUCGACCAGAAGCUUUGGAGCUGUUGGAGGCUCAAACGCGUUUCUCACGCAAAGAGCUUCAAAUCCUCUACCGGGGCUUCAAGAAUGAGUGCCCCAGUGGUGUGGUCAAUGAAGACACAUUUAAGGAAAUUUACUCUCAGUUCUUUCCACAGGGAGAUGCAUCAACGUAUGCACAUUUUCUGUUCGAUGCAUUCGACACCGACCACAAUGGCUCUGUCAGUUUUGAGGAUUUUGUAAUGGGUCUUUCCAUUCUCUUACGAGGCACCGUUCAAGAGAAGCUUAACUGGGCAUUUAACCUCUACGAUAUUAAUAAAGAUGGAUAUAUAACAAAAGAGGAAAUGUUAGAUAUCAUAAAGUCUAUCUAUGACAUGAUGGGAAGAUGCACAUAUCCCACACUUAAAGAGGAAACUCCACGGCAGCAUGUGGAGAUAUUUUUCCAGAAAAUGGACAAAAACAGGGAUGGAGUGGUCACUAUAGAUGAAUUUAUAGACUGCUGUCAAAAUGAUGAGAACAUCAUGAGAUCAAUGCAGCUUUUUGAGAACGUCAUUUAACGUCUGAAUGGACUCUGUUGGCGGGCCAGCUCAUAUAACCACCUUUAUACUCCACAAACUCCGAAGGCCUCGAUGAGACACGUCUGAUUACUAGCAGUGAUUCACCCAUAAACCAAAAUUAACAGCAUUUUUUAAUAUCAAAGAAAAAAUAUUUUUUAAAUUUUUGUCAUAUCCUUUUCCUGUAAAAAACAAAAAAACAAUCAUACCUUUAUUUAGAGUACAGCAAUUUAUGAAAAGCCUGUUUCCACCAUGGAAAAAAAAAUUAAAAAGAUAAUUGUGAUUUUUUUUUUUUAUCUCACAAAUCUGACUGUAAAUCUAAGGAAAAGAACUACAAUCGCAUGAAGCAUUGCUAACAGCAUAAUUUAUGUUUAUUGCAAAAUAUUUCUUCAGUCGAAAAGAAAUUAAGGUUUUUGAUGAAAACAUUCCAGGAUUU